UUUGUUUCCAAUAAGAGAAACGUCAUCUGUUUGGAGGAGGAAAAACACAUAGCUUUUGCGGAUACCACACGGCGGAAUCGAUUCCGUGUGAUUCUUUUUAGUCAGUUUAGGUCACAACAGUCUGGUUACUUUUAAGGCUCGUUCUAGGUUCUAGCUGGUUAGGAUGUUUAAGAAAUUCGAUGAAAAGGAGAGCAUCUCCGGUGUGCAGCAGCUCAAGUCCUCGGUCCAGAAGGGCAUCCGGAACAAGCUGAUCGAGCAGUACCCGCACAUUGAGGGUCACAUCGAUCAGGUGCUGCCCAAGAAGGACUCGUUUCGCAUUGUCAAAUGCCACGACCACAUCGAGAUUCUGGUGAAUGGUGCCGGGGAUCAGCUGUUCUUCCGGCACCGCGAGGGCAGCUGGAUGCCGACGCUGAAGCUGUACCACAAGUUUCCCUUCUUCCUGCCGAUGGAGCAGGUCGAUAAGGGCGCCAUCCGGUUCGUGCUGAGCGGCGCCAACAUUAUGUGCCCGGGGCUGACCUCGCCGGGAGCGUGCAUGACCCCGGUCGACAAAGGCACCGUGGUGGCCAUCAUGGCCGAGGGCAAAACGCACGCCCUGGCCAUCGGCCAGACGACGCUGUCUACGGAAGAUAUAGCUAAGGUCAACAAGGGCGUCGGCGUGGAAAAUUGUCACUACCUCAACGACGGACUCUGGCAGAUGAAGCCGGUCAAGUAGAUCGGACCUCUUGCGUUCCUUACCAAGAAACCUUCAAACGAACCAUUUUGUGAACUCU